AUGGGUCCCUCUGGCAUUCCAUCUGAAGAGACAACUCUUAUGGCUCUGCGGUCACUUGCACAGAUUGACGUGAGGCCACUGCCAGACGCAGGAGAACGCCGCUCCGAAGAGGCUGCCGCCGAGACUCGCAGACCGGCCUCGCAACUUCUGGGACUGGAAGGCAUGAACCUGAAAUCUGGGGAGACGGCCCGCCCCCAGAACACCCCUUCACAACGGGCCCAGGACGUGAUCGACAAGGUUUCGGAGGCCGCAUACACAAUCGUUACCCAACCGGCAGUUGUCCUCACCGGGAAAAUCCUCGAAGAGUAUGUCCGGCUUCAAGCACGUCUUGGUAGGCCAGAGAGCUUGCCGCAGGUCCUCGAUCUAUAUGCGAGCAAGCCCACGCCAAAGCUGGUGUCGGGGACCAUCAAGUACGUCGAGCGCAACCCCAACAAGGCAGAUAGCGCUGUUGAUCCCGCCAUCGCCGAGGCAGCCUUGGAUGCCGCCAUCGAGGCCAAGGAUCUGCCCGCCGCAAUCGGCAUCCUGGAAAACACCUACUCGGCACGGGCGUUUCUGCGGUCCAAGCUCAUCAAAAAGGCAUUGCUCCCAGGCUUCGCCGUUGCUGGUACCCCCGUGGCUAUUUACUACAUUGCAACCGAGCUGGCGCAGCUGCAGCACGCCCUCCAACCCCAUAUUGCCACUGGUUUCGCCUUUGCGGGCGCCCUAUGCUACGUGGGCUUCACGGCCACCAUCGGCAUGGUGGCUCAUUUCACGGCCAACGAUCAGAUGAAGCGGGUGACCUGGGCAUCCGGCACCCCGCUUCGCCAUCGCUGGCUUUACGAGGAGGAGCGCGCCGCCCUCGACAAGAUCGCCUGCUCUUUUGGUUUCUCGGAGGAGCAUCGGUACGGCGAAGAGGAGGGGGAAGAGUUCCUGUGGCUCCGAGAAUAUAUACUGAGCAGGUCCAUGAUCCUCGAUGCCGUUGAUCUCAUGCCGGGCAUGAACUAA